CGUCUUCUUCCUCCACAUUCGCCCUCGCUCUCCAUCUUAUAGCACGUCGACCUUCGAGUUUACUAGAUCUCUCCUCCUUGCUCGAAAUUAUUCCCUUUUUGUUUUCUCCCUCUUCCGUUCCCCGUCUCACCCUCCUCCGUUAACUACCCUCUUUCUGCUCUCGCCGUCACCUCGCUCGUUUACCCUCGACUAGAUACGAUCCGAGCAGCCUGCGCUUUUAGACGCCUUCUGAGGGGCUACCGUUGCUUUCGCAUGCUCACCUCAGCCCGAACUUGGCUGCUCUGAUACCUGGCAGCGACUCGGCCCACGCACGAACGAUCGAGUCGCUCCUUUCCGCUUCUCUCCUGUGUCGAGCCUUUCCACCGGCCGGCCUCGCGCUCACCACAACUUGGCGUUGCUCACGUCACUAUUUGCGCCCGCCCGACUGUGAUUCUUCAGCACUCGUUCUUAGACGAACGCCGAAGCAAACCAUGGACGCACAGCGACCGGGUUCUCAGAAGCUCCCCGCGGGAUUGGCAGGGGUCCUGAACCCGGACGAGAACCGCGACUCGGCCUACUUUUCCAGUACGGAUGCCUCGAGCAAGCACAACUCUGCCGCCUCGGGCAUGGGGAGCAAUGUCCUCAGUCCCACCGGCUCAGGGUACCAAUCCUCGCUGGCGGACAAGACGCCUUCACCUGUCACCGCCAACCUGGUGCCCCAACCUCUGGUGUCACCUGCGCAAACCAACAUGAGCGUUGCCUCUAUGGUUUCACCGACGACGGCCGCCAGCACCGACCCGCGUCGGUUCGAGCGUCCGACAUCACUGGACUCAGGCAUGGCCCACGACAUGAUGAGUUCCGGCUCUCGUAGAGAGAGCGUCGACAGCAGGAUAAACCAGGGUUUUCAUGACAUGCGAUUGGGCGGAAAUUCUCCCUACGCGAGCCACAACCAGUCGACGACGUCGAUACAAAACACCCUCAACCAGCAGCGCAACCCCCGCAAUGGCCUAGACAACCUCUCAGUACACCGCAUCUCCAACGGCUACCAGCCUAGCAACGACAGAAACCCCGAGCAUCCCAAGACCAUCCGGACCGCUCCAGCCAUCACCGGCCCCGCGACGAGUAAUAUUGCCAGGGCACCCGAGCCCACAAAGGGUCAGGCAUGGGCGUUCCCCGAGGAGGACAUCCAGCGGAUCGGUCCGCACGACACAUAUCUCGACUCCAGGCGAAGCAGUAUUGCCGAGUCGAUAGCCAGCAGCCAGUUUACUACAGAAUCAAGAUUGCCACCCGGCCAGAGGCGCUUGGACGAACCCGCCGACUUCAAUAACCGCCUGUCGAGCACAUCUUCGGAAUUCCCUCCCGUACAUCACCACUCCCUCCAACAUAAGCAGAUCGGGGACCUCCGUGAUGACGAUGCCUCCUCGCGAACCGGCUCCCAGCCGUAUAGCCGCACACCCGAGCUGCGCAAGAGCCACAAGUUGGCGGAGAGGAAGAGAAGAACGGAAAUGAAGGAGCUUUUCGACCAGCUGCGCGAUCUGAUGCCACAGGAGCGAGGUUCUAAGGCAUCUAAGUGGGAAAUACUCACCAAAGCAAUCUCGGAGCAUCAACGAAUGGCUGAGGUCAUGCGAAUUGUGCAGUCGCAAAACACGACUUUGGCCCAAGAGAAUGACGGCCUUCGACAGGACAACCAUAACCUGCGCAUCGAUAUACAGCGUCUUCAAAGCGAGUUGCACAACACGCGGCUACAACAACCUCCGGCAGGCCAAGCGCCAGCUCAAUCGCAAGCCGCGCCGCCCGCGCCACCGCCGCCAGCGGCGGCAUACCAGACAGACCCCUACGCGAAUCGUCGUGAGUUACCGCCCAUUCGGGGUCUGAACGGCAACAUGCCCAACGUACCCGACUCGAUGACGGGCGUCCAAUAUGAAGCCCCCCGGAUAAAUGGCUACCGCCCCGAGAGGUACUGAAUCAUCUGCCGAUAUCAAGACGAGAAACUCCCCGGGCUUCAUCACAAAGUCCUGGCUUUGAUGCGCGGUGCAGCUACCGCAUACACGGCCAAGCCCACGCUGAACAAACGUGUGCUCUGAUGGAACUGAAU